UCAAAACAACUAAAGUAUGAGAGAGGGAUAAUAAGGUUUCAGUGAGACAAGAAAAAAGUAAAGGGAGAGAGUGAUGGCAAGAGGAUGGUCCUUUUACAGGGAUUUUCUACCAGUUGUGGUUCUAAUAGGCAAUGAAUGCAAUGACAUGGGUUUACUCACACUCUUCAAAGCAGCCACACUGCAAGGGAUGAACAACCAUGUCUUUGUGGCCUAUGCCUACGCUGUUGCUACCACCAUACUCCUUCCAGUCACUUUUUUCUCCAGAAGAACAAGAGUGGUUCCUCCACUUAGUUUCUCCAUAAUAUCCAAGAUAGUCCUUCUUGGGGUCAUAGGAAGUUCAUCUCAGAUACUUGGUUAUGCUGGAAUUAGCUAUAGUUCUCCAACACUCGCUUCAUCAAUUGGCAAUUUGGUGCCUGCUUUCACUUUCAUACUUGCUGUAAUUUGCAGGAUGGAAAAGUUAGCUGCCAAAAGUAGAAGUAGCCAAGCUAAGGUAAUGGGAAGCAUAAUAUCAAUAGCAGGAGCAUUUGUGUUGACAUUGUACAAAGGCAUACCAAUCAUAAACGCUCACACACAUCUUUCCUUACUACUUCAACGUCCAAUUAUCUUUCUUAGAUCAGAGGAUGCAAGUUGGGCCAUUGCUGCCAUUCUGCUCAUAGGUGACUACUUUCUAACUUCAGUAUGGUACAUUUUACAGGUGGAUAUCUUGAAAGUGUUUCCAGAUGAACUAACUCUAGUUUUCUUUUACAAUGUGACUGCCACCAUAUUAUCUACAGCAGUAGGUUUCUUUGUAGUGCCAAAUCCAAGGGCUUGGAAAGUAGGACUAGAUAUUUCUCUGCUAUCCAUUGUUUGCUCUGGGAUAUUUGGAAAGUUAAUGAGCAAUGUAGUUUAUGCCUGGGCACUGCAUUUAAAGGGGGCAGUCUAUGUAACAUCCUUCAAGCCACUCCAAAUUGUUAUUGCUGUUGCAAUGGGUGUUAUGUUCCUUGAUGAUACUCUUUACAUUGGAAGUGUAGUUGGAGCCACAAUAAUAUCAAUUGGCCUUUAUACUGUACUAUGGGGAAAGGCAACAGAAGAGAUAGAGGAAGAUGUUGGUAGCCUUGGAUCACCAACUGCUGAGAAUGCUCCUCUCUUGCAAAGCUACAUAACUGAAACAUCAGAAAAGAAUGUUUAAAAACAAGCACAAAGUCUUCCACACUCUUAACAUCAUAGAAAACCAUAAAGAACCCAAUUUCUUGUCAUGGAACAGCAGAGUACACAUGACUAUGACAAUGAUGAGGGUCAAAGCUUUGGUUUCAUUGUCCCUCAAGAUGAUCCUAUGUUGCUAUUACCUAUGUGGUUGAUUUGUUUCCCUCCAAAGUAAAGUGAAUGGAAGAUUUUUGCAUAAGACUUUGGACAGGAUUACAUAUUUGCAUUCAAUGAAAGUUCUUUCUUGUCUCCUUUCA